GCCCGCGCGCGCCGUGCGUGCGUGCGUCCGCCCGUGCGUGCCGUGCGUGCGUGCGUGCGCUCGGCGGCGGCGGCGGCGGCGCGUCCCGAGCCCCGAGCCCCGAGCCCCGAAUGAAGGCGCCGGUCCCGGCGGGCGAGCGGCCCUGAGCGACCCCUCCGCGGGCACGGGCCGUGCCGAGCGGCGCCUCCGCCCGCGCCGCGCCCGCCGCACGGCAUUGAGAGGAUUGCAGUGGCAUUGUAAGUGGCAUUUAAAAUCAUGACAAGCUCAGUCGGACAGAAGAAAGUCUCCUCCAGACAAAGGAAGUGUGGGUUCUGUCGGUCGAAUAAAGAUAACGAAUGUGGGCAGUUACUGAUGUCGGAGAACCAGAAGGUGGCGGCACAUCACAAGUGUAUGCUCUUCUCGUCUGCACUGGUUUCCUCACACACUGAUAAUGAGAGUCUUGGUGGAUUCUCUAUUGAAGAUAUUCAGAAAGAAAUAAAGAGAGGCACUAAACUGAUGUGCUCUUUAUGCCACUGUCCCGGAGCAACCAUUGGCUGUGAUGUGAAAACGUGUCACAAGACAUAUCACUACUACUGUGCUUUGCAUGAUAAGGCUCAGAUAAGAGAGAAACCUUCACAAGGCAUUUACAUGAUUUUAUGUCGAAAACACAAGAAAACUACGCAUAACUCUGAAGAUUUAGAAGAAAGUAUCAAUGAACACGAGUUGGAGCCUUCACCUCCCAAAGGAAAAAGGAGGGGUCGUAAGGGAAAGCCAAGGAAAACAAAUUUAAAAGGGCAAUCAGAAGACACUAGAUCUACGUCCUCACAUGGCACAGAUGAAAUAGAAAGCAGUUCCUAUAGAGACAGGUCUCCCCACAGAAGCAGCCCCAGUGAUACAAAACCUAAAUGUGGAUUCUGUCAUGCAGGUGAAGAAGAAAAUGAAGCUAGAGGAAAGCUUCAUAUAUUUAAUGCCAAAAAGGCUGCAGCACACUAUAAGUGCAUGUUGUUCUCUUCUGGCACUGUCCAGCUGACAACAACUUCACGGGCAGAGUUUGGUGAUUUUGAUAUCAAAACUGUACUUCAAGAAAUCAAGAGAGGAAAAAGAAUGAAAUGCACACUCUGCAGCCAGCCUGGUGCUACUAUUGGGUGUGAAAUCAAAGCCUGCAUAAAAACAUACCAUUACCACUGUGGAGUAGAAGACAAAGCUAAAUACAUUGAGAAUAUGUCACGAGGAAUUUAUAAACUCUAUUGUAAAAACCAUAGUGGAAAUGAUGAAAGAGACGAAGAGGAUGAAGAAAGAGAAAGCAAAAGCCGUGGCAAAUCAGGCACUGACCAUAAUGACAUUCCUCAGCAGCAGCUCAAUGGAAACUAGGUUCAAGGGACAGAGUUAUAGAACUGGGAAUGGCUAAGACAUCAUAACUACUAAUUCUUUUAAAUUGUUUUCUAAAAUCAGAAAAGGGUUAGUAACUUUUUACUACCCGACUCUGUUAGAAAUUUCAUUGAACUGCCUGAAACGUUCAUGUGUGUGAGCCUUCAGUAAGUGGCAGAGUUUUACAUGUCAAUAUUAUGUAGUUUGUAGUCUGCAGUGUCUGGAAAAAAAAUGAAACACUAUAUAAAUGAUAUGUAACAUGUACAGUGUCAAAAGUUAAGGCAGACAUUGAAAUGAAGUAAGAUCUAUAUUUCUGGACUGAAUAAAAACCUUAAGAUUUGGA